CUGCGCAAGGCUCAAGGCACUGUUCAACUCACUGUCUGCCGAAGCAUGGCUUUGCAUUGGGCUUAUUCAGGCAAUCAGAGCAACAGUAUAUCUUCCCCCUCAAACACAAAAGCACAAUCUGGUAGUGCUGAGGGAAGCCUGCAAGCUCAGCCUGUUUUCACUUUCAAGGAAGACAAAGAAUCCAACCAGAUGUGCAAUAAGGAUCCAGAAUGUACACACAAUUCUCCUUCUCAAGGUCAUCUGUCUGGACAAGACUAUAAGGAUAUCAUAAGGUCACAGAAACAUGCAGAAUGUGAAGGCUACAGAAGAGACAGCCAUCAAUCUGAGACAGGCAGCUGGAGCAAUGAAGAUAAUGAUAUGCCCCACAGGGUUUCCAUUAUGCCUAGAAGCAGAACCUUUGCUUCUGGAGAUGAACUCACCCAGAUAAUUAACUUUAAACCAUCACUGACUGACGUAGGUCUAAGAACUGGCAUCACAGGUCUUAUUCGAGGCCUUCAGUCGCGGAUUGAGAAUCAAGAGGUGUUAAAGGAGUUUAUGGCUUUAGAACAAAUGAAACCACUAGAUGACUGCAGAACUGGCAAAGCACCAGAAAAUCAGGAUAAAAACAGAUACCAAGAUAUUCUUCCAUAUGAUAAGACUCGAGUUCCUCUGGGUGAAAAGAAGGACUACAUUAACGCAAGUUACAUUAAAAUGAAAGUCGGAGAAAAGGAACAUUUCUAUAUUAUAACCCAAGGGCCUCUGCCAGUCACUGUGGCUGAUUUCUGGCAAAUGGUCUGGGAGAGUGAAUCAGAUGUGAUUGCCAUGAUGACAAAAGAAGUGGAGCUAGGACAAGUCAAAUGUCAUCGAUACUGGCCUGAACCUUCCCAUGACUCUAUAUACUUGGCUAAUUUCCAUCUCAGGUUAGACAAUUACCGGGUUCUGGAAUACUUCAUAAUUAGAACAAUAGAAUUGAUCAACAAGCAGACAGAAGAGAAGCGCAUUGUAAGUCAUUUGCAAUUUAUGACUUGGCCAGACUACAAUACUCACAAGCUGGCUGAGCAGCUUGUAAAAUUUAUUCAUUACAUGAGAAAAGCUCAUAGUACAGGACCUAUUGUUGCUCACUGCAGCACUGGCAUUGGCAGAAGUGGUAUUUUGCUGUGUGUUGAAGUUCUGCUCAGCUACAUAGAAAAAGAUAUACAUUUCAACAUCAAGCAGAUAGUGAGAGAUAUGAGAGAUCAGCGAUUCGGCAUGAUUCAAACUAAGGAUGAGUAUUUAUUCUGCUAUGAAGUUGUGCUGAGAGUCCUUCAGAACCUUCAAGCAAUGGAUUCCUACUGACUGCAAUGACUCUUCUCUGUUGUUGUUCCACUUGGACUCCAGGGACUACACAGCUAGCACUUUAAAGAGAUGUCAAGCCAGCAUAGACAGGUGUUAUACUACAUGUGUUGUUGCAUUACUCUAAUUUCUAAGGCAUUUCAAAACCUUGAUUUACAUGUCCUGGAGGUGAUUUAAAUCUUAUCUCACAGUUUGGUGAAACAGACAGUCAGCACUGCAACUCUGUUGUCGAAUGGCCAUGGAGAGUUUGCUUUUCUGCAUAAUGACGUAUUGCUUGCUAUGAAAAAUUUUCAGGACUGUGACAAGGAGAUAUCAGGCUUUGGAAUUAGCUUUACUUUCUAGAAAGCAUGUGUAAAGGUCUGAGAUUCUGCUGGUGUUGGUGGGAGAUUAGCUAUUCCUUACAUAUUCUUGUGCACUAUUGGCUUCUGAAUGGAAAAUCAGUAUUUUUUACAGUAGUUAUGCUUUUGUGUGGAAGGGUUCAAUUUGUUUACCUUUGGUUACUUGAACAAUAUAGAACCAUUUCCAGACAUCACUCCAGCCCAGGACUUUACACCAUCAUCACUUGACACCUUAAGUCAAGAAACUGACAGAAAAUAGGAUGCCUUUAAAGCCUAGUUGGUUCUCUUAAAAACAGGAAGAAUGUUUUAAUAAUUGGAAUAUCAAAUUUUCCCAGCAUUAUGAACAGUUGUAGAUAAUAUCAGUGCUCCUUUAUUCUGCAUCCACAUAAAACAAAAUGCAAUGCUAAGGCAGAUGAUAUGAUUAUGUGUGUAUUGUGGCAUAUAUAUAUUUAAACUUCCCCUGAUCCUUUCCACUAUUUAAAUAUCUCACAAAUCUAGGAUCUGAAACAGUCGAUGGGAAGUUCCACUGAUU